AUGCUGGAACGAGGACACGUUCGGUCAUCCUUAAUGGUCAUGGAACUUCCUGGAUCUUCCAUAAACCGUAUCCUGGAGGCUACUAACGCAUCGAGGAGUAAGACCAAUAAAGAACCGCUUACAGAAACUGGUAAAUCGAUAUCUUCUGAUAUGAAAGAACUUAAUAUAACUGGCAUGCAGCUCGGAACAAAUGAAUACCUCAAUAAUAGACUAGAGACUAGAAUAAGAGGACUCAUAGAGGAUUCCUCAAAGGGAACUGACGACAGAGGCCUUGAGUACCAGAGACAAUCUCACCGCAAGUCCUCGCUAGGAUUUUGGCCUUUUUGCCCUCCCAAGGUCCUUCGAGACAAAUUGGAGGUGCUCUACCACGCUCAAUCUUCGCCACCGCCUUACCUGGGAGAAAAGGAAUGA